AUGUUCUCGUUUCAGCCAUUUGUGAAGAAUCAAAACCAAAACAAUGAUAUUACGCAAAAACCAAAUAAUUUCAUAAAUAACAAUGAUAACAGACCUGUAUUCAAGAAUGAAAGGAUACAGAACAAUUUCACCAAAACUAAUGUCUUUCAAAAGGGAAGUAUGAUACCCAAAGGCUCGUCAGCCAGUCGAGAUUCUUCUACAAGUUAUUUGGUAAAUGUGAACAAUGAAGAUUUCAAAUUUGAAGACGCAAUUGGUGGAUUUGGUAUUGACGUUUCACUUUUUGGUGACUUCCAGCUAAAUCAAAGGCCAUUGGCUAAAUUUUUGAUAUAUCAAAGCCCAGGACUGACUGCGAACCCUAUAAAACAAGAUGAUUGGGAUAAAUCAAAUCAGCAAACCAUGUUGAAUUUAGAAGCAAAAACAACUGAUUUAACAACACUUUAUGAGGAAUUCCAGAAAAUGAGAGACCAAGAAAGAUCAGUCAUGGAAGAAAAAGGCUUGGUUGAUAAAGAGGACACAAGAAAGACUUUGGAAGAUGCUAUUUCUUUCCAAGGUUCAUGUUUAGAAAUGUGUCCAGUAUAUGAAAGAAUUAGAAGAUCGAUUGAAAAUGAUGUGAGGAAAUACGAGAAGGAUAAUUCAGGUAAAAUAUCACCGCAUAAUGCUAUAAAAGCAUUCUCGAGGCCUGCUGCUGGUCAGCCUCCACCUUUGCCUUCAGAUGUUCGUCCUCCUCAAAUAUUGAAUCAAACCCUAGAUUAUAUCGUGGAUAACAUUCUUAUCAAUUUACCAGAUGCACAAUCAUUUAUUUGGGAUAGAACAAGAUCAAUCCGUCAAGAUUUUACUUACCAAAAUUAUUUUGGUCCUGAAGCUAUGGAUUGUAAUGAAACAAUCGUAAGAAUUCAUAUUCUAACUUUACAUGUAAUGGCUAAAACAAAAUCUGAAUUUUCACAACAGCAAGAAUUAGAACAAAUGAAUAAAUCAUUGAAAACAUUAUCGGAAAUGUAUGCUGAAUAUAGAUCAAGAGGUAUACAAGCGCCAAAUGAGGCUGAAUUUAGAGCAUAUUAUUUAAUUAGUCAAUUGAGAGAUCCUGAACUUGAAAGGGAGAUACAAACAUUUCCUAGUGAAGUUUUAAGAGAUGAAAAGGUUCAAUUGGUGUUGAAUGUCAGAAACAUGAUUCAGACAAACAUAGUUGAACGUGGGUUUCAAGCAACAGAAGACGUCUUAAAUCUUUAUAAGAAUUUUUUCAGAAACUACACACAAGGUCAAAUACCUUUAUUGAUGGCUUAUCUAUUAGAGAUUCACCUUAAUGAAAUAAGAUUUUAUUCAUUAAAGUCAUUAAAAAAAUCAUUACACACAAAGUCCAAACCAUACCCAUCAGAUUAUGUUAUAGAUUUGUUAGCUUUCAAUAACUUUCAAGAUUUAUCUACAUUUUGCAAAUAUUACGGAAUCAAAAUUAUACAAGAGAAUGGUGGAUUUUUCGUUGAUGUGUUGACACUCUCUUAUUCCUCCCAUUUGAUACCUGAUCAAAAGCCUCUUCAACAAGCUCAUUUUGAAAAGUUUGAUCACAAAGUUACUUCUUAUAAAGAAAUCGUGAAAGCUGGUAUCUCUAAUUCGAAUGCUAUCGAAAUUCCAAAAUUUGAUCAAUCCAUCUUACCCCAGAACCAAACUUCUAUAAUUGACAAGAUAAAUCAAACUUCUCAAUCAGACUCAAAUGGUACGAAGUUACCAGGAUUCAAUUUUUUCACAUCCAAGCCAUCUCCUCCUAUAAUUACUCAACCUAAUAUCACAGAAUCAGAUCUUAAGAUAAAGGAACAACAGGAAAAUAUUUUGCGUGAAGAAAGUUUAAAGAAACAAAAGGAUGAGGAAAAAGCAAAUUUAUUGAAACAAAAAAUCAAAGAACAAAAACUUGAAGAACAAAAGAGAAUAGAUGCUGAAAAGAAAAAACUUCAGGAGUUAGAGGAACAAAGAUUAAGAGAUGAAUCGCUGAAAAAGCAAAAGAAAUUAAACUUGAUUAAUUCAAUUUCUAGCUCAAUAACAAAAGAUAUUUUAGCAAAUGUGGUCAGAAAUGAAGUUAGUGCUGUUACAAAACCAUUAUUUGAUGAAACUUUAGCCCGAGUUAAAAAGAAAAAACUUAUUAUGGAUUCAUUUAGUGAAGGUUUACUUGAAGCAUUUGUUGGUGAAUUACUUUACAUUGAAUCUUUAAAGAUUUUAGCUGAUAAUUUCAGAAAACAACAAUUAAAAAAAAAUUCAGUUGGUAAAGUGCUUAAAGUUUCUAAAGAGUGUCAACAGAAAUUGGAGGCUAAAAAACGUAAAAGAGAAGAAUUUCUUGAAGCUUCCAAAGAUUUUGGUAUACCUAAAGUUAUAUUGAAAAGAAAAAGAUUAAACAACAAUGCUGAUAAAUCUGUGGAGAAAAUCAAUUUUGAUGAAUUUAAUUUUGAUGCUAUGAUUUCCAAUAUUAAUAAAGCUGGAUUAGAUAAAUAUGAAGCUUUAAUUUAUUCACAAAAACUUGAUUCUUCAAGAUGCUUAUUUUUAAGGAAAAAAUUUGGAAUUAAUAAUGAAACCAACGAAAAUAAUGUUAAAAAAGAUUCAAUUGAAAUUAAAUUUAAAAAUACUAAUGAAAUAAAUCCAUACUCUUUUAAUAAUGUGAAUUUAUUAAUUUUUAACUGUGAUGGUAUUGAUAAGAUAAGAGAGCAAAAAUCUUUACUUCGAGAAUUAAACAAUGGUAUAUCAUUAAAUUCUAAUUACAAAUUUGAAGUUUUAAUUAUUUUUUGGGAUUUAAAAGGAACUCAUAAAUUAUCCACUAAUGAUAUUUUACGUGAAUUAAAUUUUGUUAAAAGUGAUAAUGUUUUAAAUGUUGAGGUGGUUAAACUUGAUAAUGAUAUGAAUUUAGAAUUAUUACAAAAUAAAAUUAAUAAUUUUGGUAAAAUUUAUGGAUUAACUGCUAAAGGUGAAUAUAAUUUGAAAUAUAAUAAUUCUAAAAAAUUAUUAAAAAUUAAUAAUGAUCAUGAAGAUAAAAUUUCAAAUCCUUCAUUUAAUAAUGAUGUUAUUAAUAAUUUGAAAUUUAAAGAGUCUAAAAUUAAAGAAAAACAUUAUAAACAUCUUCAAAAACAUAUUGAAGCAUCACCAAAAAGACAUCAUUUACCAAAAUUAUUAUCAAAUUCGAAUAAAGUUACAAUGAAUGUUGAUAAUAAUAAAUUCAAUAAUAAACUUAAUAAAAAAGAAAAAAUUGAAGUUUAUAGUACACCAAGACCCAAAUCAAGUGAAUUAUUACAAACUCCAUCAUAUUAUAAUGAUAGUACAGGUAGUAAUAUAUCAAAUUUAUCAAAUAUUACAUUUGCUAAUCAAUCAAUUUCUACACCAAUUAUAAAUAAACCAACAUAUUCUCAAGUUGUUCAAAAUUCAAUUAAAAAAACAAAUGAAGAAGAAGAAGUUAUACCUAAAAGUAUAUUAGAACUAAGAAAAUUAGCAGCAAGUGUUCGUGAAAGACAUGGUAAAAAAUGA